AUGAUUAAACAAAAGCGGUCUUAUUCUAAUAUGGAAAAUGAUGAAGGUGGGGAUGCCAGUAAUAAUAAUGAGGAUGAAGGUUCAUUUAAAAGGCAACGAAAUAAUAGUCAUAGUAGCAACAUGACAUAUGAUAGCAUGAAUGAUGAAUAUGAAAAUGGUGAUGGACCAAAUAAAUUAAAUGAUGGUAGCAUGGAAAUGUUAAUACCAUAUUGCCUUUUAUUACCUAAUAGGGCAAUUGGUUAUGUCAUUGGUAAGUCAGGUAAUAAUGUACGUGAAAUUGAAAAAGCAUGUGGUGCUAUAAUAAAAUGCCAAAAAGAAUUUGAUAUACCUGUUUAUCCUCCCCCCUCUGAAAAAAUAUUAACAAUAUCUGGUAAAAAAGAAAAUAAAAAGAAAGCAUUAGAAUUAAUAUUAAAUAAAUCUAAAACUGUUAUGGAUUUUCAAGAAGAGGAUGGAAAAGAAUCUAUUGUUAUUAUUGUACCUACUAGAUCUAUUCCUAUUAUUAUUGGUCAAAAGGGUUCUAAAAUAUCUUCUUUAUCUGAAAGAUCUGCAUGUGAAAUUAAUGUUCAUAAGGAGGAUGUACCAGGAAUAAAAGAUAAAGCUAUUUUUAUAAAAUCAAAUAAAAUCAUAAAAAUUAUAGAUUGUAUAAGUAUUAUAUAUGAUUUAUUAGAAGAAGUUGCGGAAAAUGGAAUUUUAGAAAUAUCAGAAUUUCCUGGAAUUUCGAAAAAUUUUACUUCUCCUAGUAAUAUGGGUUUAUGUGGUCCACCUCCUACAAAUGCUCCAUCAUCUUUUCAUGAAAACUCAACUGCCAAUAGUGUUAGUGGAGUUUCAAAUCAUUAUAACGAUACACAUUCUAUGAAUUCCGGAACAAAUCAGUAUAGAGGAUCUCGAAAUAAUAAUAUGAAUUAUAAUAAUAAUAAUAAUAUGGGAAAUAAUGGGCCAAAAUAUUCUAUGAAAAAUAAAGAUAAUAAUUAUUAUGAUAAUUACAGUACUCAUAAUAUGGAUGAUUAUGAUAACUUUUCUGUACCACGCGAAAAAAAUCUUUUGUUACAUAAGUUUGGAAAAGAAUCUAGUUCUUGUGUGGUUCGUUUUGUUUUAGAUGUAGAAACUACUGCAUGGAUUAUAGGAAAGGCUGGGUGCCAUAUAAAAGAAAUUCGAACAAUAACCGGAGCAGGUGCAGUAAUUGUAGAUGCUCCUGAUAAUAUUGAAAAUGUAAAAACUUGUGAUCGUAUAUUAACAUUAUCCGGUUCUGCAGAAAAUAAAUAUAAUGCAUUAAAAUUAAUAGUUAAACAAAUGGAAGAAAGAGAAAAAAAUAUCAAUAAUUCUAUGCGUAUGUUAGUUCCUGGUAAAGCAGCUAGCUUUUUAAUAGGUAGAAAAGGUUCUAUAAUUAAAUAUAUUACUGAACAAUCGGGUUCUCAAAUUCAAGUAGCUAAAAAUAAAGAAAGUGAAAAUGAAAAAUUAGUUUUAAUAAGUGGAUCACCAGAAUCAAAAAUUUUAGCUUCUGUUCUAAUUUUACAAAAAUUAGAAGAAUAUGAUAAUCCUGCUAUAGCAAGAGAAGGAUUACUUAUUCCCUUAAAUGAUUUAUAUUAUUCUAAUAAUAAAAAUUCAAACAUGAAAAAAAAUAAUAAUAAUUCUAUUCUUGGAAGUGGAGGUGGUCCAUCAAGAAUGAUGCAAAAUAAUGUAAGAGGUUCGAUGAAUAAUAAUUCAGGUGGAAAUAAUAAUAGAUACUAUAAUUCAUCUAUAAAUAAUAAUUCAGGUGAUAACAUGAAUAAUGAUGACAACAAUUCAUCUAAUUAUCGUUAUGAUAAUAAUAAAAAUAAUAUGAACAAUAUAAAAAAUAAAACAGAUGCAAAAGAACAAAUUGAAAACAUAUUUUUAAACGAAAUUUAUAAAUCUAUACCUAUUACUUCGCUACCUAAAAUAUUGUCAGUUAAACAACCUUAUACUAUUGAAUUAAAUAUGCCAGAUGUAUAUUUAGAAACAUUUGAUUCACAAAAUAAAGAUGGAAAAACACUAAUCGAAGAAAUAACUGACAAAACAGGUUGUAAUAUAUCUGUAUGUACUGAUUCAAAUGAUUCUUCUUCUUACACAUUUAAUGUAUCUCUUACAGGUUCCCCUUUAGCAAAUUCUUUAGCUAUUUUAAUGAUACAAGCAAAAAUAUUUCAAUUCGAUUGGUUUUAG